CUACCCGCCCGACAAUGCCCCUCUGUCUUUCUCCUCCAAAGUGUGUUAUAUAAAGUACCGAGAGCCUUCCAGUGUUGGUGUGGCGCAACAUCUCACCAAUACUGUGUUUAUUGACAGAGCUCUGAUAGUAGUGCCAUGUGCAGAAGAUGACUAGACUGGCCCAGCUGUUACACUACACUAGCCUGAGUCAGGCAUUGUUUUCCAAGCCACUAUCCCCGAUCGGGCCAACGCAGCCUUCAAGGGGGGGAUGUGACCAAGGAGAAUAGCCCGCUGAACCUUCCAAGAUGGACACCUUGUCUCUUUUUUUUUUUUUUUUUUUUUUUUUUAUUUAUUUACUUUUAAUUUAUUUUCCUUUUUGGUUUGUUUCCUUUCAUACUUUCCCAUGUUGUCCACUCUCUACUGUCUCUAUCCAGAAAACUUGCAGUAUUUUUGCUAAAUCUCUAGCGUUGUGUUUUUAUAUUUGUUAUUUUUUGGUUUGUUGUUUUUUGAUUAUUGUCCAACCCCCCCCCACCCCACUCCCCCCCCCACCCCCCCUUCCUCUCUCUCUCUGCUACAGCUGCAGCUUGUGUGUGAUUGAAUUCUGUCCAGGUUGCUACGGCAUACCGGUGGGAUGUGUGUCACACACGGGAUGCUAGGAGGAUCGAUAACACUUGUGUUCUCUUGUCUCCUGCUGUUGACGUAGCGAGGGGCUAGUUUUUGUGGAGAAACGAAAAAAAAAAAAAAAAGAAGACCUAGUAACGAAAGCUUUAUCUCAUCUGAGCGUAAAUUCUUUUAAAUCACAUGUGUGUAGUCACAUUACUAGGCUACGGCUUUUUUUUUUUUUUUUUUUGUUAGUAUCAGCUCGCGCAUUAAUGCUCUGCGUCAUUAAUGCUUUGUUUUUGCACAUCUGUUUCCUAACAAUAGAAAAAGACACUUGCAGCAGUGUUACACCAAACUGUAAUUGAACCUCGGUGCUUCCAGCUGUACUGAAAAUAUACCUGUAGCUGUGCUGUUAACUUCUUCUCCAGCAAAGGAAGCAUCUUAGAAAAAGCUCAGGAGGGAAAUUUAGCAAAGAUUUCUAUGGCUUAAGUUUUGAGCUAACCUUUCCUACAGUUCUUAAAAUUGUUGUUCUUCUCUGUAUCUGAUGUCCUGUGUGCUAUUAGUGAUGCAGCCAUUGGGGUUGUCUUGUGUUGCACACCUUUCCAACACUGCGAAACGAUCGCCCCCCUUCUUCCCCCACGGAAAAGCGCCCAUGCUUGAUAUCGUAUGGUUCAUGACCAAUAUGUUUCCAGUACAGGGAAAAUCCCAGAAGAGGCCAAGGCUUUGUCGCUUUUGGCGCCGGUCGCCCCAGUACCCAGCCUGAUUCCUGGCGGGGGUUUGCUACCGAUACCUACACCAGCCCCGCUUCAGAAUCUGAACCUUCCCGUGGUGAAUCGGAUAUCGGCCGCUCUCGACCCCACGGCGUCUUCACACUCUCAGCCUCCACUCGUUGGAAAUGUGGACCCCUCAAAAAUCGAUGAGAUCAGGAGGACGGUUUACGUCGGGAACUUGAACUCGCAGACCACCACUGCAGAUCAGCUGUUGGAGUUUUUCAAGCAGGUGGGAGACGUGAAGUUCGUGCGCAUGGCGGGAGACGAGACCCAGCCGACACGUUUCGCCUUCGUGGAGUUUGUCGAGCAGGAGUCGGUCGCCAGAGCCCUGACCUUCAACGGAGUCAUGUUCGGAGACCGACCACUGAAGGUCAAUCAUUCCAAUAACGCCAUAGUAAAACCUCCGGAGAUGACGCCACAGGCUGCAGCUAAGGAGCUAGAGAGUGUGAUGAAGAGGGUGAGGGAAGCUCAGUCCACCAUCGCCGCCGCCAUAGAACCAGCAGACACAAAGAAGCGUUCCCCCAGCCGGACUAGGAGGACGCGCCGGUCACGAUCUCGGUCGCACUCGAGGACGCGCAGGAAAAGGUCACGUUCGAAACACAGUAGACCGUCGCAGAGGUCGUGGCCGGGCAGCGACUCGCACAGUUCCAGAAGCGGCCACAAGAGGCGCUCUCGCUCCAGAGACAAGCGACGCAGCCGGAGUCGCUCCAGGAUCGUUGGGAACAACCAACACAUGAGAAGCCACAAGAGGAGGAGUAAGAAUCGAUCCCGGAGCCCUCGGAGGAAAGCCAGAUCACCGUCACCAAAAAGAGGUAAAAGAGAGAGGAGGAGGGAGCGCAGCAGGGAGCGAAGGGACCGUUCCUCGUCCAGGAAGAGGAGUCGCAAAGACGAGGACAGGAUAAAGAGCAGAUCCAAGACGACGAAGGUGCAAGUGGACUACGACAGGGAAGAAAAAGAAGAGUACGAAAGCGACCGAGAAGACUCGGCCACGCCGAGCGAGGACAUGGCGACGUCGCCCUGCGCCCGGCACAACGGCAGCUACAAGGCUCACAGCGAGGAGGACGUGGGAACCGACAGCACCAAGUGACUAUUACAGAACCGAGGAAACUAAAUCCUGCUCCAGCAACGCAUCUCUACGCCUAGCGCGUGCAUACACAAACACACACAAACACACACAUGCAAAAACACAAAGAAUAACCACUCAAACACCUUUCUAAUCAACGCCGUCUGAUGAACUACAUUCUUGGCACCUUGUGGAUCCGCUAAUUCAGCUCAGCUUUCACAGCUGAAGGGCAAAUAAGCACCUCGGUACAGCAGAGGCAACUUUUAGGGAAAAGAACAGUGGGAUUCUCCUUAAAAACAUAUAAAAAAAUAUAUAUAUUUAAUAGAGAUGAGAUCGCACAGAUUUAUUCUCUCGUCUCCAUCAAUUUUAAUGGUGGUUUUUGUCUCAGUGGUUAUCGACCUUACAUUUCAGAAGUAAAAAGAGCCUUUCGCGCCUCAGAAACUGUCCGUUUGUCCUCAAAAUUAACAUGAUGCCUCAGUUGCCACAACACAUGUUUACUGUGACUCAGUAUUAACAGAUGCAGAAGUCAGAACUACGCAAGAGUUUGGGGGCAAAAAAGGCGAAUAAAAGUUUGAUGCCAAGCUUCGCGCACUUCCUCAGAAAGCAUUUAAUACAAAGUAUUAAAGAUGCUGCUUUUAGUGUUGUGUAAAGAAGAGGUUCUGUCUGGAUGCAACUUUGAUUUUUAACAUUGUGUAACUGUAAAGUGAUUAACAUGAAUUUCUUUCGGCCUUUUGAUUUGUAACCGAGGGUGCAGUGUGAAUGAGGUAUAUGAGGUUAAAUCCAGUGAACUAGCACCGCUUUAAGAAUGGUUCUUAUCAGGAUUCGCCAAAUGUCCUCCUUCAAAAGUAGGACACAUGUUUUUCUAUCCUCCAUCUCCCCUGAGGUCUCAUGGGGCGUAACUGUUUUUCUUCUUCUCCUCCAGUCAUUAUUCUUGGUGUGGCUGCUUUUCGGCAACUUCCCAUAUUCUGUUUACUUCAGCGACCGAGUGACGCAACAACACAUUCAAUAAGAAUGUUCAUUAGUGUAAUAACACGAGGGUCAAAAAACAAAAAAAUAUAAGCGGUUACAAACUGACUUCUGCCGAUACUGAAAUGCUCAUUUGCCCUUUGUGUUUUAUUGAAGGAUUGUGUUUCUUUGUUCUCUGCAUACGUUUGGUAGUUUUAUGACUUGAAGUGCUGUACUUAUGAAAUUGAAGAAUGGUAUUAUGUUCUCGCUGUGAAUCUGUUGUCAUAAAAAAAAAAAAAAAUACAUUGGUUUAUCAUUUAUGGUCAACACAUUGUUUUAUUUUCUCUUUUGGUUUAUAUGGGUGUACACAUACUUGUUUUUUCUUUUUAAAUAUAUAUAAAUAUAUAUAAACUCCUGAUGAGUGGCUGCGACAAGAUCACAUCAUGCUUUGUGGUUCUGCUAUUGUUGUAAUGCUGUGACGCCUCUAGUGUAAUGAAAAACAAAUUCUCAUGAUGAUGAUGGUGUGUGAAACGGUUCAUAUUACUGAAGGAAAGUUCAGUCUAGAGGCUGAAUGUGAAAUCUGAGGGAGGGUCAAAAAAAAAGUGCCUACACUAAGAUUGUACAGAAAUAUGGAUGAUGAGAUACUGAAGUAGUGAAUAACAGCAGACUGCAACAACUAGCUUCAAAUCAGGAUCAGUGUUUGCAGAAAAACUUCAGGAGAGAUGUUUUUUUGUUUUUGCCAAAUUCCACUUCCAUGGCUUUUACUUUUUUUUUUUUAAUGUUUGGAGUAGUGGGUGUGUGUGCUGAUAAAAGUUUAGUAAAAUUUCAAACACAGAUGCUAGUAACCGUAUGUGAAGAAUUUUAUUUUUUUAUAUCCGUGUACCCCACUACAUAAGAUAAAUAUAAAUAUAUAUAUAUAUAUAUACUGUAGAAAUAUAUUUGAUGGUUUUUCUCCAGGACACUUAGUUGUUUGAUACUGGGACUCGAUGUAAAGGUUUGGUAACACUGUUUCUAAAGAGCUUGGAUGUGUGUAUAUAUAAAUAUGUGUAUGUGGUUGUUCUCAGUUUGAAUCUUAACAAUACAUCUGGUUUGUUUCCAAAAACAUUCAAUAAAGAGACUUUUCAUUCAUUAA